UCGGGCGCGAUGGUGUCGCUGCUGUGCUGCGGGCCGAAGAUGGCCGCCUGCGGGAUUGUGCUCAGCGCUUGGGGGGUCAUCAUGCUGGUUCUGCUGGGCAUUUUCUUCAACGUCCACUCGGCUGUGCUCAUCGAAGACGUCCCGACCACGGAGGAGGAUUUCCAAGGCAAAGGGCCGGAGAAGAUCUACCAGCUCUACAACCAAGUCAGUUACAACUGCUUCAUCGCAGCCGGCUUCUACGUCCUCUUGGGGGGCUUCUCCUUCUGCCAAGUGCGGCUCAACAAGCGGAAGGAAUACAUGGUCCACUAAGGGCUCCUCGACCCACCGCCCA